AUGACAACGAUGUUCGUCCAACUGCGCCGUGUGGUGUACCUGUUGGUACUUCUGCACUUCUGUACUUGUGUGGCAUAUGCGAAUGAGUCAAGUGUUACUGAGGUUAAUGCUGAACAGAAGGUAAAAGAAUUCAAAAUUAUGCGCAAUGAGUUAAAAAUAUUAAUGAGUGCUACGCCAAAAUCUCAAAAUGCUUUGAAUGAUGAAGUGAGGGCAUGUGAUGUUUAUUCUUUACGUGCAUUAAAUGCCGUGGAGCGACUGAAGAGCCUCACCGAAAGAGCGAAGGUGGCGAUGAGUCUGAUUAACACUUCUACCACUCAAGAGGAAAUGAAAGAACGGUGGAAGGAGGAGGAAACUGCACUACAAGAAGCCAAUGAUGUCCUAUCUAAUAUCACGUUAGCAGUGAACAAGACAAGAGAAGCGGCCGAAGAAUUUAACAAGACAUUAACUAAAAUGGAAGAAGUUUCUAAGACUAUCGUCUCCAGAGCUACUGAAUUUUUGAAACCUGAUGCAGAUUUUUCGAGAUGGCCAUCUGACAGUAAAACGGAAGUGAAGGACUUGGCUCUCAUCAGCGUUUCAGAAGAUAAAUUCGUUCAGCCUUUCGUAGCACAAAAGAAAUCGAGGGUUCAACCCGCCUUCGACGCUGCGAAGAAGGGGGAGGAACACGCAGAAUCUCUGAAUAUGGCAGUGGAAUUGGCAGUUCAAGCAUUCAACAAGUACUUGGAGAAACAUGGUCUUAAACCUGAAGAAGAAGAGGCUGACAAGGUUACUCCGGGGAAUAAAAAUGAAGAAAGCAAAUUGGAGAGC